AUGUCAACUAUCACUGGUAAAAAACAACUCACCGAAAGAAUCUCCAAAAAAACUAGUUUUCCCCAAAACCAAGUCACCCGAAUAAUCGAUGAAUUCCUGGAAGAAACUAAAAAAUCCCUCAUUAAGGGUGAAGAAAUCAGACUUCAAGGUUAUUUUACUUUAAAAACUGCCAUGACUACUCCGCGAAUAGCCAUGAACUUACAAACUGGUAAAAAAAUGAAAGUUCCUGCUAAAAGAGUGCCAAAGUGUAAAUUCUCAACUAGUUUAAAAGAAGAGAUUA